AUGGAGCAUGCAUUGCGUGAGCACGAUGACGUUCCUGCCCUCACAUCCGCACCAUGGUUUUGCCAUGACAUCGACUGCCCCAAGUACACGGUCGUGAACACGUCCACGGAUUACGAGCGCCUGUAUGCCUACAUUGGGGGGGCCAAUGAGGAGGAGGUCAAGAUCCCCAUGACAUCCCCUGUUCGUGUGGAAGUGGAGGCCGCGGCCGGACCAUUCUGCAAGAACAAUUUCACCGUGUCCUUCUUUGUGCCCUUCUCCUACGAGGUUCCUGCCUUCACGGCAUAUGUGUCCCAGUUCGGGGGGUACUACAUGGAUGACUGGUCCAUCUCCAAGAAGGCAAUUGCCCUGCUCGAGGCCAUCCAGCGUGAUCAUGGCGCGGUGGAGGGUGAUGGGUACACCUUUGCAGGGUAUGACCCUCCUUUCAGGCAAAUCGUCCUGGGGCCCAUGAAGGCGUCCAUCCCAGAGGAUCGCCUGCGCAUCCUCUCCUACAACAUCCUGGCAGAGUCGCUGGCGCAUGAGUUUGGGGCCCACCUGUAUCGCGGCACCUCCGCACAUGAACUGGCAUGGGACAGGAGAUGCGCCGCCUUCCUGAAGGAGAUCGAGGCACACUCCCCAGAUGUGCUCUGCCUGCAGGAGGUCGAUCACUUCACCCAGCUGAAGCGCGAGCUGGCUGCUCGCGGGUACCAGGGUCGUUACUUGAAGCGAACAGGCGCACGGGUGGAUGGACUCGCCAUUUUCUGGAGGACGGCGCGUCUGCGCCAAGUCUUCAUGGACAACAUCCGGUUUGCGGAGUCGGGGCUGCGAGACAACGUGGCGCAGGUGGCCACCUUUGAGCUGCUGCCAGCCGAGGAGCAGGGCAGGGAGCGGGAGGGCAGCCCCGUCCCCAGCAGCCCCCCUCCCUCCCCCGGCCGGCCAGCGUCGUCGCUGAGGGAGGAGGUGCUGCAGCAGCAGCGCUCCUGGGCCCAGUGGCAGCGCCGGCGGAGGCAGGCGGCCGGGGAGGGGAGCGGACAGGCGUCCCCCAGACAGCCGGGGUCCGACCCCACCGGCAAUGUGCACGUGCUGUUCAACCCCAAGCGCGGCGACGUGAAGCUGGCGCAGACCCGGAACCUGCUGCACGCGGUUCAUGGCCGGUACCGAGCACACCCCUGCCGGCCUGCGCCGCCAUCGCAGGUGGAGGGCAUCGGCCGCGGCUGGUACCGCAUGCGCCGGCGCCUGCUGGACGAGCUGGCGUCCGGGGUCAUUCGCGGCUACGCCCCCAAGGUCCCCGUCCCCUGGACGGAGGAGGAGCUGGCGGUGGCCUUUGCGCGCCUCAGGUCCCGGCCGGGCGUGGAGGAGGAGGGGGGCGAGGAGUUCGACGGCGCGGGGGCGGGCGGGCUGAACGGCGCGGGGGCGGGCGUGGGCAGCUCGGCCGGCGGACCGCGGAGUGGCGACUGGAUCCCGGACGGCCUACCCGACACCGAUCCAAGGAGGAAGAUGCUGCUGACACACCCGCUGACCCUGCGCUCCGCGUACCAGGCCGUGACGGGGGAGGAGCCGGUGUGGACCACCUGCCACGACGGCUACAUGGGCACCGUGGACUACAUCUUCUACAGCCUGGAGCCGAAUGGGGCCCCCAGCCUGGAGCCGCGCGGCGUGCUGCUGCCGCCCGUGGCGCAGUCGCUGCGCUCGGGCCUGCCCAAUGCGCACUGGCCCAGCGACCACGUCUGCCUGGUGGCGGACUUUGACGCGCGCAGGGCGUGA